AUGGUCCUGUCUGAGGAAACGUGGACGAGUAUAUUCGCCAAGAUGAAACCUUGGAAAGCAACAGGGCCAGAUGGCAUACAGGGGUUCUGGUGGAAAAAGAUACCUGAAGCCAAAAAGCGGCUGGUGGCAUGGUGCCAAGAAGCACUGUGUAAGCCACGUAUCAUUCCGAGAUGGUUAUGCAGAGGAAAGAUCGUUUUGAUCCCAAAAGGAAACUCUGAGGCCCGCGGGCCCGGAGAUUACCGCCCGAUAGCAUGUUUGAAUACAUGCUAUAAAGUUCUAGUGCGAAGCAGAUACUCCAGAGCGCAGGGAUCUGGGGCUGCACUCCAUGCGCAUAUUUUGGAUCAGACGAUCUGUAAAGACGCCUUAAGGCGCAAAAACGUACUGCACACCUUAUGGGUAGAUAUGACCAAAGCCUUUGACUCGGUGUCCCAUGGCGCCAUUAAGUGGAUAUUGGCCAGAGCUGGAGUACCAUACCCCACUAGGAGAUUGCUCUCAGCUAUAAUGGCCAAGCAAAGCGUUCAAUAUUGUGGGACCCACAACGGCAAGAUGGUCAAGAGUGAACCGCUAGAGGUCAAGAAGGGCGUGAUGCAGGGUGACACACUCAGUCCGCUCUUAUUCUGCAUGGCAAUCACCCCAAUAUCGGCGUGGCUGAGAAAUAACAUCAGCCCGUACAGGACAUCAACUGGGGCGAUGAUGAUGCUAGAAGGACCACUAGAGAUCAACCAUCUUUUCUAUAUGGAUGAUCUGAAGGUUUACUCACCCAAAUGGGAUGAUAUAGUAGAAAGCCAAAGAGAGGCAUAG